AUGUCAUCUUCCCCUACUAUACAAUCCCUCCAUCGUGCUCAUUUCCAUGUGACCUACCACAAAUUCCCAAACCGUCACUCAUGUCGCCACUGGCCAAUCGAUCAUAUUGCUACGCCACCGAUCCCAUGUCCUCCAUUCGACCACGACCAUCCCUCUGAACCUUGCCCCUCGAAACCCUCUACUGUACUUGGCUAUGGGCCCUCUGCUUUACCUCCAAACGAUCAGUCCGACGACCCAAGAUUAUCAUGUCUUGGUCUACCACUCUCCCUACCGUACGAGGUGGAAUCUCUGGCGGAGAUGGAUGAUAAGUUGGAGUUGAUCUUGUGUAGGAUGAUAGAGUGUAUCAAGGCUAGAGAAUAUGGGAUGGGUUUCAGGGUUUGGGAUUCGGCUUUAUCUAUCUGGAUGAGUAUGGGUUACCCUAUGAAACGAGAUAUCAAGAUCAAAUUGAUUUUCGUGUAUUACGAGAUUAUCUUCCUCCCUGGUCUAUCCUCUUCUUUCAUUGAAGAUGCCAGCAAUCAGUUCAUCAAUCUCAUAGGUGAUCGCUCUCUGAAUAUAUACGACUUCCGCAUCCCCUGGCGUCCAUUAUACGAUGCCUUGUAUUUCGAACUGUUCCCUCAUCCCAACAAACUCGCUCGUCAUUCCGUCAAUCUUGCCCCUUCCUUCCUUAAUGUUGCUGAAUCAGCCCAGAGGUUCUUCCAUCCAGAGGAUGUCGAUGAGAUGCUCGAAGAGAUAUUACCUAAGCUCGAGCCUUCUAUGGAUUCCAUCCUGGCCACCCAAACUUUCCUAGUGCACUUCUUACCCAUCUCUCAUUGUCAGAAAUGGUUACCAGUCAUCUUCCGGCUAUGGCAUGGUCUAAAUAGUGGUUUAUGGGAUGAUCAAGCUUCCGACCUGAUGGGCCAAUUGGCAAUUGCUCAUGUCGAUCCUGGUAAAUCUGAUCCAUCAGUCAUCAACCGAAUUCCCAAGGGCACCCAUAACACACCCGACGAACAGGAGAACAACCCAAGUGUCCGAAGGAGAAUGAGGAAUCACAAAAUCAGGUUAUUGGAGGUAGCAGGAGAAGUUGAAGAAGAUGAGGAUGGGGUCAAUUAUUGGGCAAAGGAAAGCAUGUUACCCCCAGAAGAGAUAUUAGCAGAUCCUAAUUGGGGUGGAAUCAGGAAAGAUGUCGGUAUCUUCAGUGAUCAGGAGUUCGAAUUUCUGAUGUCGAAAUGCCUAAGAUCGCUCAAUGUCCCCGUUGGAGGUAGCAUAGCCUCGCAGAACUCCAUGUCCGUCACUAUGGCUGAUGGAAGAACAUCGAAGAAGAUACUCGAUGCGAAGAAACCUAUAGAUAGAGUGCAAUCAUUGGCUGAGACUAUAGUUUUCUCGAUGUCGGAAGAUUCACCCUUUGCGGUUCUACCUUCUGGAUUUGCUACGGGUACAGCUACUCCCAUGCUCUCGUCUGCGCCAACUCCGGCCCUUGUCCAGCCUGCUAUUGCUAGAUUGCAGAACGGAUCAAGUAUGUCGCGAUCCGGAAGUAGUGAUAGCUUAGCUGUCGCUGGACAGAAGAGUGAAGCAAAUAGGAGGUAUCUAGCAGGAAGUAAGGCUUUAGAUCAUCUAAGCAAGCUAUUGACCAGUUGUGAGACCUUUUUCCACCCGUCAAACUCUGGGCAUUGGUCUGUGUUCCUCACGACGUUCCUCUCGCAUCUCGCGAGCAAUUUCGUCGAGAGAUGGAAGUCUGAAGAGGAACCAGAUUGCCGCACUCCAGUGGCGUGGCGGCUGACCCCCGACAUCAAGAGAGAAUUCGUGUUAUGCUUGAGACCGCUAGCUUUGACUUCUAUGUUCAACAAGGACAUGAACUCUGUCACUCCUGCCAUCUCAGCUCUAAAAAAGUUGUCUCUGCUUGGGCCGGAUCUCAUCAUGCCGGCUAUGAUGGAAAGAGCUGUACCUUCACUUCAAGGACUCGAGGAAACCCAACGUACACCAGCUGUGACCUAUGCUCUCGCAGCACUCUCUCAACCUCUCACUGCUCGACAAAUAUGGCGUUUCGGAGGAAUGUACGUUGCCGAUAUAUUCGCUUUGUUACUUCCGGGUAUCGACCUGAACGAUCCUGCCAAAACCGGCUUAGCAUGUAUGGCUAUCUCGAACAUGGUAGAUUUUAUCCACAUGGCGGAUAUCUCAGAUAACGACGAAGAAAAUAAUGCCACCCCUGGACCUCGGGCAGUAAGGAAGACGCCCAGGCCUCAAGUUGCAGAUGAUCCAAAUGAUCCUGUCCAACAUGAGAUGGAAGAUCUCUCACCUGAAGAAGUCAACGGCAGAGUCAGAUUUGCCACUUCCGCUUUCAGAGAUUGGGUGCCUGAAUUCUUAGGAAAAGUGUUACUGCUCUUUUCCAACUUACCUGAAGAAGGAGGAAAGAGCGGUAGGGCAGGCGGGAAAACCGAGGCAUUGACCUUAUCAAGUGUUUUGCACACUUGCGGAGGCGUAUUCGCUGCUCUUGACGAUAAACUGUUCGACGCUGCCCUCGAGCAAGUAGCAGAAUAUGCGACUACCACAUGUCGGGCCAACGCCGUCGAUGCGGUCGGUGAACUCGUCAGAAAUCUCGCCUCUGCAAAUGCUACCAAGGUAUUCGCCAAACUUUUCCCGAUUUGUAAACAACGGAUCAUACAUGAACUCAAGACUGGUGCAUCCUCACUGCGAACCACCACGACUAGUAUCCCUCUACCUGCUGAUGCUGGUUUGCACUGGUGGCAAUCGAUCUUGAUUGGAAUGCUGAUCCCUGGUAGAAUUACUCUGUCUGAUCCAGAGAUCAAGGAUCAAUAUAUGGAGUUACUCAGAAUCAUGAUUGAUACGACCCUGUCAGAGAGAGGGUGGCAGUGGACUGGCAAGAUUUUAGAGAAGUCAGUAAGCUCGUUGACUUCCAUUUACUUUAAGGAUAUGCGAGGGUUGAAUGAUGAUGUUUACCAAAGUGAAGAUUUCAAGCUUAAUCAUACGCUCUAUUGGGGUAAAUUAUAUCGUCCAUCCGAAGUCAAGCCUGACUGGCGUCUCCCGACUGCACAAGAUAUCGAAAUGGCCUUUGAUAUAAUUGGUAUAGCGGAUCAAGCAGCUCAAAAGCUCAACAGCUUGUUGGAUAACCCUUCGUACGGAGAUAAGGUCUGGAGUAAUGAGUUUUGUCGAUCUAUCAAUGUUAUUGAUAAGAUCUUGAGGGGUACAUAUAACCUCAUAGCUGAGAUUGAAGCUAGGAAGAUUGGUGGAGCUAAGGCGCCUUCAUUCCUUCCCCAAGAAAUCCUCAAGCUGCCGCCGCCAUACAAAUCAGGCCUCAUCCUUACCAAUCCCGAUGAUCCCCGUUAUCAACAUGUCGCAGGAUUCCGGGCUCGGGUCGGCGAAACCUUGCAUCGGGCAGCAACGGCGAUGCGAAAUGCCGGUCAAUCUGACAAUUCAGUCGAUACUGUGAAGCUACUUGUCACAACCAUCGGUACAUAUCUUACCGCAUAUGGCGUGCGAUCAAAGCAAUUCUCUAGUGCUCAGAACGCAUACACCGGUAUGAUGGCCACCAAGAAGAUGUACGAGUCACAACGAAAACAUCAUCGUUCAAUCUUCUUAGCUGCUGCAUCGGUGCAUCAUCAAAAUCGAUUGACCACCCUGGCAUACUAUCGAGUCCGAUCGGAAUUAGAUGAUAAGUUGAUAGUCAACAUACUCGAUUUCUGCCUAUCACCUUUUGUUCGAGUACGUCGAUCAAGUCAAAGUACGCUUGAUACAAUCGCCAAGCUUUACCGGGGAACUUGGAUACUAUGUUCCCCUACGCUCUUCGAUGCCCUUCAACCUGGUACGGAUCCUGAUAUCAUGAAAGGUGCUUUGUACGUGUUACGAUAUAAUCACAUGGGACUACAUCGAAUUGCGAAAGACUGGAGACAGCUACUUCAACUCACUCAAUGCCUUUUGGGCGCUCAUCAUGAGAAUAAAGCUUCUGUACAGGCUUUAGUAGCGAAAGCGACGGACGAGCUGAUUCAAAGGAUCAAAGAGCCUACUUCGUUCGAUAUGGAUAUCCGAACCGAGAAGGUGCAUGCUGCCGCGGAUAGCUUAGCUUCUUUGUUGUGCUAUCAACCUGAUCGAUCAAUCAUAGACAAAAUCCAUCAGGGAACGACUGAUAGGUUGACACACCAAGAUCAACAGUGGGAUAUCUUUGUUGAUAAGGUAUUGGAAAUCGCCAAUACACCAGGAUUGAAUUGGAGAUAUGUCUUAUCGGCUAGUAGAUUCUUGUUGACGGUUAUGAGAAGGGAUAAACCUACAGAUAAGAGAUUAGCAGGGUACUUCAUGGGUAAUGUACAGAACCCUCAUCCUAGAAUUAGGGAUUAUGGUACUGUUGGUAUAACCCGACUACUGUUCCAUAUCGCCCUCAGAUCAUUAUGUCAAGGAUCGGAAGAACUCUUAUUCCUCGAAGAACCCAUUGAUGUAUUUUCAAAAGAGAUUGAAUUGACGGAUACGUCACGUGCAUUCACCGAGAAGUAUCUUGCAUCCUUUAGAGAACCAUUACCUGAAGAUGAAAGUCAGGCUCUGCUACAGGAUAGACAAGAGACAGGCUGGUUGGCUUGGGGUAAGAAGAUUGAAGUUUCUCGCUUGAGUAAGUGGGACGAAGAGAUCUGGGAGUGUGAGGCGGGUUCGGUACCUGGAAAGGAACUGAUCGAAGGGAUCUGGAAAGAGGAGGGGUGGUGGAAGAAGGUCGCGGAUCAUUGGGCUCAAGAGUCAGAGAGGAACUACCCCUCAGCUACACAUAUAGAUUUCAUCCUUGCCCUUACCCAGUUAUAUGGUCCACCGAUAUACCACUCGAUCAGACCCAUUGUUGAGGGAUACUUGGCAGAGAUGGAAUCUACCAAAGUAUAUGAUAGGCAUAAGACCCGAGCGAUGUGGGAAUUCUUGGCUGGUUUAGUGAGAGGCUCGAUGGAAUGGUCUGGGAAAGACAGGAAAGAGUUCUGGGGCUGGUUUGAAGGGAAGUUGCAGGAGUUGUUUGGGAAUAUCAGACAUGAUACAAUCAAAUGCUGGGAUAUCUCGAUUGAAUAUAUACUUUGUGAUCAAGAUCCUCGACGAUUCAAACCUUUAGUAGACUUCUGUAUCAACACAGCGCUCAAUGCUGAUUUCCAAGGUGGAUCAGCCUUUGACUUGGCAAGAAGAGUCCAACUUGUCAGAUCGGUCGUUCGAUGCUUACAAUGGCGUUUCAACGCUUGGGCAGAUGAAUUCGCCGAGCUGUACUUCAAAUCUGUUGCCUGUCCUUACGCGGAAGUCAGAGGGUUGAUGGCUUCAGUUUUGAAUGCGAUUGAUCAACUCAAGUUCUACCCAUCGUACCCAUCCGUCGCUGCCCUGACAGCCGAUAUUCUUUCUGACCCCACAGACGAGAAAGACCUAAUGCAUAUCAGGAGUGGUCUCUUCAUGCCUCAACUGCAAGACAUAGUGGACUCAUUACGUAAAUGGAAAGAAGAUAGACCACAUGGGCCAAAGGCUGUAUUAUCUACUCAUGAUACUGCUGCUCUGACAGCUUUGAGUUGGUUGUCGGUUGAAUUAUCAGACGUACAUGCGGUGGCGACUUUCCCAUACAUUAUUUCCAUCCUACCUGCAAUCUUCGAAUUGAGGGAUCUCAACGAUAAUGCCGAUUUGCAACGUACAGCUGGAAGACUGUUGGCUGUGAUUACCUCAAUUACACCAGCACUGGAUCUCAUUGAACCGUUGAUGGGUUCUUUGAUAUCUAUCUUACAGAACUCUACUUCCUGGCGAACCAAGAUGCAUAGCAUGCCUGUAUUGAGUUUGGUAUAUUUCAGAAAUCUAUCGUUGUUAUCUGAACCUUGUAAAGCCAAAUGUUUGGAUGUGGUAUCGGCAUGCUUGAGAGAUCCAAAUCAGGAAGUACGAGAAAUGGCUUCGGCUACCUUGAGCGGUUUCUUGAGAUGCUCCCAACGAAGUAUGGUCGUUGUCCUCAAAGAUCGAUUCACAAGGGAGAUCAAAUCCACUGUAUUACCUAAACGAAGGGAUGCACCUGGGCAGAUCAACCCUGAAUAUCAAGCUAAAUUGGUACAGCUUCAUGGAGCUGUGUUGGGAGCUACUGCUCUGGUCGAAGCGUUCCCUUAUACUGUACCUAAAUUUAUACCCAAAUUACUCGCAGAUGUAUUGGCUCCGAGAGUAUCUGAUCCUGCACCAAUAUCAACGACUAUCAGAUCAUGCGUAGCUUCAUUCAAAAGGACUCAUGAGAAAUAUCAAGAUAAGUUUACGGAAGAUGAAUUGAGUGCUAUGAACUACGCUCAGGCUGGUAAUUCGUAUUGUACGUUCAUCUUCACCUAUUGA